AUGCCGGUCAAAAGUCGAACAGUUUUGCUGUAUACCGAUUCCAAAUCAGAAACAUUGUCAGUAGUUGCAGUAUGGCAGGCCCAAAUUUCCAAGUCUUUACAGAAAAUAUAUGCAAGCGUAAAUAAGUUUGGAAAAGUUAUUGUCAGUUCGGAUCAAUAUGAUUUUGCCAUUCAGAAACGGAAGGACAGACGAGCCCAGAUUAUUGUAGCUCUUCCAAACAAAAAUAUGAACAACAUGACUCUAACGUUCCAGAAACGUAUCAGUACAAAGUUGACUAGUAUCUAUGGUUGUUCACUGCUCCCUGGUGAUCGGAUGAAAAGGAAGGAUAGACAAGCUCAGAUUAUGAUAGCUUUUCCAACCAGAAAUAUUGAUAACCUUACUCUGAAAUUACAGAAACGUAUCAAUACAGGGUUGUCAAAUGUUCAUAGUUGUUCACUGCUUCCUGGCGAUAGGAUGAUAUUCUCGAGUUCUAGCCAACAUAAGAUAAAAGUACUCAAGUCUGACGGAUCGAAAGAUUUCCAAAUAAAGAAAAUUGGUCCCACGUUUAAUGUGAUAUUUAGUGGUGAUGAUUCUAUUGCUGUAACUUCUGGCUGUUCAAAUCAGAUUAAUAUAUUCGACUUAAAGAAGCACAAACUGAAGAAAUCAAUAACAGUGAAUUCAUACAACGCUGGAUUAGUAUACAAAGAUGGACAUUUGAUUUAUUGUGCCAGACAAAAAGGAAUACAGAUGAUCAGUCUGAAUGAUGAAACCAUCACCAAUAUUAGCGAUACCGAACUCCCAGAUUUUCCGUACAUUACAGCAUUAGGUGACAAACUGUACUACACACAUUAUAGAAAUCACAGUGUAACCUGUUGUGAUUACCAUGGUAACACACUGUGGACGUUCUGUGAAAGAAAUGUUCUGAUGUCUCCAUUAAGUAUAUCUGUAGACAAUGACGGUAACGUGUAUGUAGCGGGAUUUGAUACUAACAAUGUGGUCGUUAUUUCUCCUGAUGGGCAACACUUCAGACAACUCUUAUCAAGUGAAAAUGGACUGAGAUUGCUAUGGGUUCUACAUUAUGACAAAUCUACCAAUAAAUUGUUGGUUGCAAAUCGAUCUAAUAAAGCCUUUUUGUUUGACAUCAAAUGA